AUGAUUUUUCUUGUUCUAUUUUUCUUAAUUCCAAUUGUUCUUUCAACUGCUAUUUAUCGACCAGUUGUUUUAAUGCAUGGCAUUACAUCAAAUGCUGAUGCUAUGAAUGAUGUAGCUAGAUGGAUUCGAUCAACAUAUCCAGGAAUCUAUGUUAUAUCAAUCGAAAUUGGUGAUGGAAAAGAAGAUUCAUAUCUUUUACCAUUAGAUAUUCAAGUUGAAAAAUUUUGUCAAACUGUUCGCUCAAAUGAAAAUCUUGAUCAAGGUUUUAAUUUAGUUGGAUAUUCACAAGGAAGUAUUAUUGUACGUGGUGCAGUUGAAAGAUGUUCAUUACCUGUUUUUAAUCUAAUUACAUUAAGUGGAAUUCAUCAGGGAACAUUUGGUAUCCCAUAUCUUUUACAAUUACCUAUUGAAUUAAGAGACCUAAUUACUAAAUAUGCAUAUGAAACGCCAGUACAAAAUGCUGUUAGUGUUGCUAAUUAUUGGCGUGAUCCUGAACAAUUAAUUAAAUAUGAUUCAAAUUGUCAUUUUCUUCCUGAUAUAAAUAAUGAACAUGAAACAAGAAAUGAAUUUUAUCGUCAAAAUAUGAUUAAUUUAAAUGCAUUUGUUAUGACUUAUUCUGAUAUCGAUGAAAUUAUAAUGCCACGACAAUCAGGUUUAUUUAUGGGUUAUACAAAUAGUUCACUUGAAAUUGAAACAUAUAAUAAUUCAAGACAAUUUACAGAAGAUCUUAUUGGAUUAAGAACAUUAAAAGAACAAGGAAAAUUAUUUACUUUUACUGCUCAUGUACGUCAUCAAGAUGUGACACAUGAACCUAACAAAGAUUUUAUUAUGAAAAAUAUUAUGCCUUUUUUUAAUAAUACUUUAUCAUUAUAA